AUGCAACAAAAAAAUGGAUUAUCAAUAAUACUUUAUUCUACCUUGUCCACAAAAAAGCGUCUUCAAUUCCAUACGUGGACGACCUGUUAUUACUGUAAACAACACAAUAGAUCAUUAAUUAAAAAUAAAAUCGAUAAUAUAAUAGAAGGUGGUUGUUCAAAUCAACCACCGAUACAACAACAAGAGGGAAGAGUAAACGUCGAACAGCAACAAAAUGAUAGCAUAACAAUCAUACCGGGGAAUGAUGGUUUCGCCAAAGUCCCUCAUGAAAUAAUGAUGAAUAUCAUGGAUAACCUGGAAGUCAAUGACGUUUUAUCGCUUUCCAUGGUGAACAGAAAACUUCGAGCUCACACACAUGACAAUUACCUAUGGCGUCAAAUAUUAUUGAGCCAGUACGGUGAAAUUGCCAUACAAAAUCAUCAGGAUAAGUUGUUAUUAAACAAUCAUCGGAAAGGAAAAUGGAAGCGCACAAAAAAUAAGCAAAUUCCUUCGGUACCAGAUUGGAAGAAAGUCUACAUGCGUCUAUCUACUGUCAAGGUUAAAACCAAAACUGCCUUCUCAAGGGGUAGACCUGGGACUUUCUACCGUUAUAGAUAUUUUGAUCAUAAGGAUAAUGAGCCUAGGAUCAAACAAAAACAACGUUCCUUCAAUAUUGAAAUUACGAUAAGUAAUGUACCGCCUGGCAUUUAUGACAUUAUUUGGCGUAUGAAGAUUGAUAAAUCCAUCGAGAGACCAAUUGUGCAUUUCUCCACAGAUAUAUGGUUGAGGCAUGACAUUUAUCUAAACUCAUAUGAACGUGAGGCUAAAUAUAAAUAUUCGCCGGACCCGGAAGAACUUGUUAAAUCGGUAGAAUAUGUUUGUUUGAGACCACAUAUUCCGUAUGAUGACUGUCCGAUCAACAAUAGCGAUUUAAAUGGGAGCGAAAUCGUUUGUAAUGAUGCUGAUUAUGAUUAUGAUAGCAUGGACGAAAGUUCUUCCGCUGUACAGAAUAAUUCUAGUUGUAUUAAUAGUGUGAUUGAUUGUGAAAGAAAUACCAAAAGGAAUAGUUUUGGAAAUUUAAAAAAGAACAAAAGGUUAUCUAAGAUAUUAUGCGUUGCCUAA